UUUAUCAUCGAUAUUGGCUUAGGCGCUGCAUCUGCAAAAUCUCAGCCCAAACAAACAUCUCUGUACCUCUCUCCCUCUUUCCCUCUCUUUCGCUUAUCAAUUUUCGUUUUAAUUUCUCUACGACUCGGGUCGACCUCCGAUCACUUUGGGUCUAUCGGCGGGGACUUGGGUCGAACUCGCAUGACUCAAUUUACUGCGAGGUACGGAAUCCGUGAAUUUUCCUGCGAGGUAAGAUUCCGUUGAAAUUUUGCUUUGGUCCGAGGGGGAGGGUGGAAUUAGGAUCGAUUUGGCUUCAGAUCUUGGAAUUAGGGUUUAGUAUUGGUUGCAGGUGACGUUAAUUUUGUGAUAGGGGCUUUGGUAGAUGGAAUCGGGGGUGGGAUCGGGUGGUUCUGGGGUUGUGGUGAAGAGCAGAAACUCCUCGGGUUGUUUAAUUGUGCGAAAGAAAGGGGAUGGGUUGGGUGCUACUGCUUCCACCUCUCGGAAGCUCUAUGAAUCCAAGAAAAGGCCAAACAUCAACGUGCCUGUGUCCUCGAGUGAUUCUGGUUCAAGCGACGAGUUGCUGAUGCCUCCUGGUAGAAGGCUUGGUCCCGAGACUAUUCGAGUUUGCAAUGGUUUGGUUGCCUCUGAGCGGGUUGGGAGUGAAAUUAGUCGGAAGAGGGAUAGAGUGGGACGAAUUAGCGGUAGUGGGGAGGGCAUUGGUGCGGAGAAAGGUUUGGAGCAGUGGGAAAGGAAGCGUAGUAAGUUGGAUGUAUACGAUUUCGAUGAAUACGAUGGCAUGGAUGUGGAGAACAUGAGGAGGAGGCAUUUGGAUGGUCCUGGGGGAGGAAGGUUUAUGGGAUCAGUGCAUGCUGCUACAAGUGGCAUUGAUAGGGAUUUCAGAACAGGGUCAAGUGGACGUGUUCUUGAUAAGAGAAAGAACUCCUAUGCUGACAGGCCUAGUUGCUUCUAUCCGGAAGAUUAUGUGUGUAACAGUAGGUUCAAGAUGAACAAUGAUGGAGCUCAGGUACCUCCACCCUCGCAGAGGGAGAAGUUUAAUUCAGACGAGUCCAUUAGGGUUCAGGGGAAGAAUGGUGUUUUGAAGGUAAUGGUUAAUAAGAAGAAGGUGGGUGGUACAUCAGAACAGUAUUAUGAUCAUCACAAACCCUUGGAAAGCAGGCAAAGGUUGAAGACCGAAGAAACUGCCAAGAGGUUGAAGACCGAAGAGACUGCCAAGAGGUUGAAGACUGAGGGGACUGCCAAGAGGAAUAUUCCAAUUCUUAAAAAAAAUGAAAAGAAACCUGUUGAUAAACCAGCAUUACUUAAGAGGCCAGAGAAGAAAAGGACAGCAUCAAGAAAAUCGUUGUCAAGCAAGGACAGUAAGGGUGAUGAGGGGGAUUCAGAUAACAGUGACACAUCAUUGAAUCCAAGAAUAAGAAAUACUGAAGCUCGUAAGUCUGUGAAAAAAAUAAUCUCUGAGGAUGAGCAGACUCCUGUGCGCGAAAAAACCCCAACCACAAGAACGAAAGAAGGAAAAAUCAAGCGUGGUAGUGGUACAGAAAAACAGAAACUGCGGGAACAAAUAAGAGAGAUGCUGCUGAAUUCAGGUUGGACGAUAGACUAUCGACCUCGAAGGAACAGAGACUACCUGGAUGCAGUUUACAUUAAUCCAGCAGGUACAGCCUAUUGGUCUAUCAUCAAGGCCUAUGAUGCUCUUCAAAAGCAAUCAAAUGAUGAUGCUGAUGAGGUCAAGCCCAAAGGGGAUAGUUCUUCUUUUGCUCCUAUUGCUGAUGAGGUUCUCAGUCAGCUAACAAGGAAAACUAGGAAGAAAAUGGAGAAAGAAUUGAAAAAGAAGAAGAAAAGGCAUGAUAGUGAAAGUGAUAAUGAGAAAGAGCCUCAAAUAAGAAGAUCUGCCAGCCACAAGCGUGAUAUGAAUAGCAUGGAUAGUGAUAGCAACGAGGAGAAAUUAAGCUCCUUUAUAAAACAGGGAAAUAGGUCAAUGAAAAACAAAAUGUUUGAAAAUACCUCUAUCAGUGCUCGCUCUAAAAUCCAGAAUGCUACCCAUCAAUCAAGUGAUGGAAUAGAAAAACCAUUAUUUGGAUGUGAUCCUCAUAUACACGGACGGAAGAGUAAAAAACAUGGAAGAUGUACCUUGUUAGUUCGCAGUUCUAACAAAGGAUCAAAUUCAGAAUCUGAUGGCUUUGUUCCAUAUAUGGGCAAGCGGACAGUUCUUGCCUGGUUAAUUGACUCUGGAACAGUAGAGUUAAGCCAAAAGGUUCAGUACCGCAGACGGAAGAAAGUCAUGCUGGAGGGGUGGAUCACAAGAGACGGCAUUCACUGUGGCUGCUGUAGUAAGAUCCUCACAGUUUCAAAGUUUGAGCUUCAUGCCGGUAGCAAAUUGCCUCAGCCAUAUCAAAAUAUAUAUUUGGAAUCUGGAGUUUCUCUUCUACAGUGCCAGAUAGAUGCAUGGAAUAGACAAGAGCAUGCUGAAAAAAUUGGUUUCCAUUCAGUGGAUAUUGAUGGAAAUGAUCCUAAUGAUGAUACUUGUGGUAUAUGUGGAGAUGGAGGGGAUUUAAUCUGUUGUGAUGGCUGUCCAUCAACAUUUCAUCAGAGCUGCUUGGAUAUCCAGAUGCUUCCUCCUGGUGAAUGGCAUUGUCCAAAUUGCACCUGUAAAUUUUGUGGCAUAGCCAGUGAAACUUCUGAUAAAGAUGAUGCAUCUGUGAAUGUCCUACGCACUUGCAUCUUAUGCGAGAAAAAAUAUCAUGACUCUUGCACUAAGGAGAUGGAUACCCUUCCUAAUAAUAUCAAUUCAUCAAGCCUUUCUUUCUGUGGGAAAGAGUGCAAAGAGCUUUCUGAAUACUUGAAGAAAUACCUUGGUACCAAGCAUGAACUAGAAGCGGGGUUUUCAUGGUGUCUCAUUCAUAGAUCAGAUGAAGACUCAGAGGCAGCUUGCAGGGGACUUACCCAGAGGGUAGAAUGCAAUUCCAAGUUGGCUAUUGCACUGACUGUAAUGGAUGAAUGCUUUUUACCUGUUAUUGAUCGGAGGAGUGGGAUCAAUUUAAUCCGCAACAUUUUAUAUAAUAGUGGAUCAAACUUUAGUCGGUUGAGCUAUAGUGGCUUUUACACUGCUAUUUUGGAGAGAGGGGAUGAAAUCAUUGCUGCAGCAUCUAUCAGGUUCCAUGGAACUAAGAUAGCAGAAAUGCCAUUCAUUGGAACACGCCAUAUAUAUAGGCGCCAGGGGAUGUGCCGCCGACUUUUUUCUGCCAUUGAAUUGGCCCUUUGCUCUUUGAAGGUUGAAAAACUAGUUAUUCCUGCAGUUGCUGAACUCACACAUACAUGGACAACAGUUUUUGGCUUCACAUAUCUAGAUGAAUCACUCAGGCAAGAAAUGAAGUCACUGAAUAUGAUGGUCUUCCCCGGUAUAGAUAUGUUACAGAAGCUGUUGGUGGAACAAGGAAACCAUGAAGGUUCUGAGAAAAUGGAAAAUGGAGACAACGAUUUUAUCAAGACCAAAAUGGGAAAUAAGUCAGAUAUGGGUUCUUCAACUCCACAAGAUUCUCAUGGUAGUGAUGAUGUUAGUUCAAAUCCUGCUAAUGAGACGAAUGAUGAAUGCAGCGAUGCUUCUCAGGAACUAAAUAACCAAGUUUUGGUUGAUGGGAUUAUCUGUUCCAAAUCUCAUUCUGAGGAAAUGAUGUCUGAUCCAAUUUCAGAUAAAUGUGAUUCUCCUUCUAGAACUAGUAACAGUGAACUAGAAAUGAAGAAUAAAGUAGCGGCUGCUCCUCCUGUUGAUAGAUUAGAUUCUUCUACCAAAUGUCAAUCCAUUUCUCCAAUUGACACUUCUGUUAGUAGUCACCCAGUAGAUAUUUUGAAAGUUCAAGCUUUGGUUCAGGAAACUACUUAUUCUGAUCCAUGUUCAGAAGAAGAAAACCUUGACAAGAAGUGUCACUCAUCCACUGCUAUGAAUUGUGAUUCGUCAGAGCUUGACAUCAAUCCAGUGUUGAAUUCUCAAAUGGCAGACAAUACUCUGCCUACUAAAGAGGUUUGUAUGAAUGACACUCUUGAAGUUGUUCCUUCAGGGAAUAUAUCUGAAGAUAAUAUUACAAAGAGAAAUAAUCGAAAUGUAGAUGAAUCCAGUUCUGCUCUCAAUCAUGCUGAUGAGAGUUUGUUUCAAGUAUGAUCUGAUUCCAAUGGUGAAAUUGGAUGUGAAAAUGAGAAGGAUUUACGUUUGAACCCAGGAGUUGCUUCAAAUAAAAUGUAUUUUUGAUGAAAGUGGCAUAAAUGCUUCCGGUGAUUGUUCCGAGACUGUUCUGGUCUAACAGAAUGACUAAGUUCUGUACUGCCCGUGAUACUCUCCUUAAGUUUUUUUUUUCCAGAGCUUCAUUGCCUUGUAAGCAAGUCAAUUUUCAAGGCAUUUGAAGCUUCUGCGAUGUGCUUUGAUCUGGGUAUUAUGAAUAAGUUUUAUUGAUGUUGAGGGAAAUAUUGUUUGGUCCCUUGUCAUUUGAGUGGAUUUUUAAGGUUAAAAGUAGCCAACUUCAUUUUAUGUGAAUGUUUCUUCUGCCAAAAAGAUUCAACCGCAUCUGGCACUAGGCAUGUUGCCGUAUGAUCAUGUAGCCGGAUAGGUGAAGUUACUCGGGAGUAAUAUACAACGGCCCUUCAACAGAAGCAAAUACUGAUUGUGCUGUUCCUACUGUAUAUCUGAAUCUGGUAGAGUGGAUGCAGGUUUCUGCUCAAUCCCUUUGUUCCACUCCAUGUCCGCAGUAAUUCAUCAAUCGCCACAUGACAUAAUCAAUUGUACUUUUAGCAAUUUUUUUUUUACAUAUAUUUUUUCCUUUUUUUUAAGACUAGAUUGGUAGCAUGUGUAAUGUGUUUAAUAUGGCGAGACUAUAUUUAAUGAGUAAUCGAGGGAAGCAAGAAAUUAUGAUUCUUCCCUUCCAACCCGAGGUCCUUGUGUUCGGUUGUGGAGGUGUGGUCCAUUUCUGGCAGUUCAUAGAAUUGGGUCAUAAUGUGGGAUUUUUUGGGUGGCCCUAUGCUGGGUCUCUUGGUGUACACUGUUCAGCAAAUGACAAUUGUAUUUCAUGACUUCUGGUGAGGCUUUUAUUUUGUGUUUUUUA